AUGAACACUUUUGGAUACAGUUUAGGUAAUGUGAUGACUCUGAGUUAUGCUGGGCUUCUUAAAACACACAUUGAGGAAGUAACUUCGAGCAGUGGAUUCACGUGGAACACACGGGCGUUCAAAGACGUCUUUAACUGGUCACAACAUCCUCAUAAGGGAUCUGCCCGUCGUCUGACAAUUGAUAGAAGUGGUAAUCUCUGGGUGCCUCUUUAUGAAGGUCGCGGAGUUGUUCAAAUUAAUCCACGCACUAAUGAAACGAUGCGAUUUAUUCCCAUACCUGCAGAUAGAGUCGGCGGAUGCACAUUCGGAGGGGAUAAUUGGAAUAUUUUAUUUGUAUCAACAAUAGGAUAUGGCUACAAAAAUCGUCGUGAACAACGUCCACCCGCAGAUGAAGGUGGUACACUUUUCGCUGUCAAGGGCCUUGGCGUGCAGGGAUGGCAGCCAAGAGAAUAUAGUAUGAAUAGUCAAACUUUAGAGGCAUUAGUACAGAGUUUGCGUUUCUAA